UUUAGGAGUCCAUCGUCUCGAACUAGCCUACUCCGCUUACACUUUGGGGAAAAAUGCAAACGCUGCUUAUGCCGGCAGUUCGCACCGGCCAGGCUGCAUCCAUGGCGGCGGUUCCAACGCCUCCCCUUAUCCACUGUGUAAAACACCUAGCUCUCCUCCCUCAUCCAAACUCCAUCCUAAUCUUUCACAAAUCCACACAACCUCUCCCAUCAUUCUCUUACAUUAGCUCAUUAUUAAGUUAUGAUCAUCUUAGGAACAAAACACCAAAAAAAUUAUUUACCCAAACAAACGCUUCUAAUGCCACUGCUCCUGCUUUCAAUUCCCAAAACGACGAGGCAGAAAGGGCAAAACUCGCUCAGGUGGCUAAGAGAUUAGAGAAUACAUCAAGGUAUUUUAAGCGGUUGGGUAGUUUAGGAUUUUGGGGGCAGCUAAUAUGUAGUACAGUGGCAGCUGUGAUUCUUUCCUUUUCUGUGGCUUUCACUGGGAAGAUCACUUCGCCUCCCACUUUUUAUGCUACUCUUGGUGGCAUUGCAGCUGCAUUCAUUUCUGUUUUCUGGUCAUUUGGGUACAUCCGGCUUUCUGAGAAGCUCCGAAAAACUGCCAAUGAUCCUUCCAAGGUAUGUAUACAUACUGUUUUAGGUUUUUUACUAUGUGUUAUUCGCAAUCAUAAACAGUCUUUAUUUUGAUCGUUCUGAAUAAUG